AUGUCGGGCGGGUUUUUCCGGGGCACGUCUGCUGAUCAAGACACUCGAUUCUCCAACAAGCAAGCGAAGCUGUUGAAAUCUCAAAAGUUCGCUCCUGAAUUGGAACAUCUGGUGGAUACGAGGAAAGUGAAGAUGGAUGUUAUUAGACCGUGGAUUGCUACUAGAGUGACGGAGCUUCUCGGCUUCGAAGAUGAAGUUCUUAUCAACUUUAUUUAUGGCCUGCUUGAUGGAAAGGAAGUGAAUGGGAAGGAGGUUCAAAUAUCGCUUACGGGAUUCAUGGAGAAAAACACUGGGAAGUUUAUGAAAGAGCUGUGGACACUUCUUCUUAGUGCGCAGAAGAAUGAAAGCGGUGUUCCUCAACAGUUUUUGGAUGCCAAAGAAGAAGAAACUCGGAAGAAGCAGGCAGAGGUGGAUAGGAUAGCAAAUGAAAUCCAGAAGAAGAAGGAGAUAGAGAAGGAGAGUAGAGAACUUGAGAGGGAAAGAUGGAAGAAGAUGGACAUUGAGGUUGAAAAGAAAGGCAAUAAUGCUAUGGAGCCAGCUUUAAAGCAUAUGCUGCCUGAGGACGAGAAAGAAACUGACAUGAGGAAUGGUGCAAGAGGGAGGAAAAGCUACUCCACACCCAGUGCAGCCAUUCUUUCUUGUUUAUAUACAAAGCAGAUCACAGAGCUCCCUAUCUGCUCGCUGUGGACUUUUAAGGUUUUGGAUAUAAUGCACCUGGGCAACCUGUUGUUUUCAAAACGAGAACAGUUUUCUGGAUGGGCAUAG